AUGCUUGCGUUUCAUGACGGGCUCAAGAACGGAUGUCAAAGCGGGGUGGUCACUGGUUGGCACGGUUUGGUGCACCACGCCCAAUUCAGCAACCCGGCGGCUGCCAAGGGGAAAAGCAGGCGGGAGAGAGACCAUGCACCUGCAGUUGGGACUCGCACGCAUAAGAAUAAGAGGUGCGAGCCAGAAGCCGCGGCUACGGCAGUGGGCUUCAAGGACGUGCACGUUUCCGAUGUUGACGUCUGGCCGGUGAGGCCAUGCCGUAUUUUCCAAGAUGUCCUUCCCAACCGCCUUGCCAACAGCCUUACCAACAGCCUUACCAACAGCCUUACCAAGAGCCAUUCCAACCGCCGUUUGAGAAGGACGGUAUGGAUGGGAUGGUGGGAUAAUGACUUGCUGCAGCCGUUUCACAACCGCCCGGCGACAUUCUAA